UUGGGUGCAUGGACGUGCUGACGGUGCUUGAUAGGACUAAUUCCGUGUUUUAUUUUCUCAUUAUGUACUUGCCAUAAGCAUCCUUCACUAAUCGAGGAUAUAUACAUUUGGUGCUAGAGAAACAGUUUGCUGAUCGCUCGUGAUGGAAGUCGGAGGACAAAGGCUCAGACGGGAAUACUGCUGGAUUUCUUUGUGUAUUUCUGUUCUUCUCUGCAUCGGACAGCAAGCCUCGGCUCAGAUAAGAUACUCUAUUCCAGAAGAAGCGAAAGAAGGAACCGCUGUGGGAAAUGUUGCUAAGGAUUUGGGUCUUGAAGUAAGUAGUUUGGUGGACAGGCAGUUUCGAAUCGUUUCGGGAUCUAAGGAGGAGCUUUUUCAGAUAAAUCAGGAAAAUGGCGUUUUGUUCGUUCAUAAGAAAAUCGACAGAGAGUCUUUGUGUUCCGGCAGCGGGGUUUGCAUGAUAAACGUAAAAACCGUUAUUGAAAAUCCUCUCGAGAUCCAUUACGUAGAAGUGGAAAUAUUAGAUAUAAAUGAUAAUGCUCCUAGUUUUCCCGAAAAAGAGCAGCGCUUGCGAAUUUAUGAAAAUAUACUCCCUGGCGUUAAUUAUCAGUUACAGGCUGCCAGAGAUCCAGAUACUGGAACGAAUUCAAUCCGGUCCUAUAAGUUAAGUCCUAAUGAUCAUUUUGAAAUUCGAGUCAGAGAAAGUGAUGAGGAUAAAAUGCCAUUUUUAGUCCUUAAGAAGGCUGUUGAUAGGGAGAUCACAACUACAUACAAGCUGCUUUUAACAGCUAUUGACGGCGGGAGUCCUCCGAGAUCUGGUACUCUUAAUAUUACUAUAACUAUUUUAGAUAUAAAUGAUAAUCACCCUGUGUUUAGUCGAGAGUCAUACUCCGUAACAUUGCAGGAGAACUGUAUUACUGGCACUGUGGUUAUCAGAGUGAAUGCGACUGAUAUGGAUGAAGGCUCUAAUAGUGAUAUUGAAUACAGUUUUGCAACGUUAAAUAGCAAAGUGCACGAGGUUUUUGAACUCGAUGAAACCACAGGUGAAAUAAUUGUUAAGGGUAAAGUUGAUUUUGAAGAUGCAGAAGUUUACAAACUCGAUAUUCAGGCAUCAGAUAAAGGGCAUCCACCAAUGUCUGCAAACUGUAGAGUUGUCGUUAAGAUUAUUGAUGUGAAUGACAACAGACCUGAAAUUGAGAUCACAUCCCUUUCUAAGAACAUCCCUGAAGAUUCUAAACCUGGAACAGUAAUCUCUCUCAUCAGUGUCACUGAUAAAGACGCAGGGAUCAACGGUAAAGUCAUCUGUCACUUAAACAAAAACAUUCCCUUCGAGUUAAAGCCUUCUUUCAAAGACAAUAUGUACUCUUUAGUAACAAAAGAUCGGCUAGAUAGAGAAACGAACUCACAAUAUGAAAUUACAAUAACUGCUUCUGAUUUAGGGCAGCCGUCUUUGACCGCGUCGACCACUUUAAGCGUUCAGAUCUCUGAUGUAAAUGAUAACGCUCCGCAAUUUUUAAUAAAUCCCGUAGAUCUCUACUUAAUAGAAAACAAUGCAGCCGGUUCUUCCAUCAUUUCAGUAAGCGCUUCUGAUAGAGACUCGGCUGAAAAUGCUGCGAUAUCCUAUCACAUAAUUAGAGGUGAUGGCACACAGAAUGAUUUGUCAUCUUUCUUAAACAUAAACCCCGAGACAGGUGUCGUUUAUUCACUGAAAAGUUUUGACUUUGAAACCGCUAAAACGUUUCAGUUCCACGUCCUCGCCACAGACUCUGGAGCUCCGUCUCUGAGCAGUAACGUGACAGUGAACGUGUUCAUUCUGGAUCAGAACGACAACGUUCCAGUGAUCUUCUAUCCAGUCAGCGCUAACGGUUCUGCUGAGGGUGUGGAAGAGAUUCCUCGUAAUGUGAACGCAGGUCAUUUGGUGACUAAAGUCAGAGCCUAUGACGCAGAUAUAGGAUACAACGGCUGGUUAUUAUUUUCACUGCAGGAAGUUAGUGAGCACAGUCUCUUUGGUUUGGACCGCUAUACAGGACAGAUAAGGACCCUUCGCUCGUUCACAGAAACAGACGAGGCCCAGCAUAAACUGAUCAUACUGGUCAAAGACAAUGGGAACGUUUCUCUCUCAGCAACAGCGACUGUGAUUGUCAAAGUUGUGGAGCCCAAAGAGGCUUUUGCAGCUUCUGACGUGAAAAACGCAGUAAAAGACGAGGAGGAAAACAACGUGACAUUUUAUUUGAUCCUCACUUUGGGCUCGGUUUCGGUGCUUUUUGUCAUCAGCAUCAUCGUGUUGAUUGUAAUGCAGUGCUCUAAAUCCACAGACUAUUCGUCCAAGUAUUUACAGGAUACAAAUUACGACGGGACUCUGUGUCACAGCAUCCAGUACAGAUCUGGAGACAAACGGUACAUGUUAGUUGGACCCAGAAUGAGUAUCGGCUCUACUAUAGCACCAGGCAGUAAUAGAAACACUCUGGUGAUACCAGAUCGAAGGAGGAGAGAGUCUGGGGAGGUAAGAAUAAUGGAAUAA